AUGGCGGGCAGGCGACGCGUGGUGCCCAGGCUGCUGGUGGGAGACCUGGUGCAGGCAGCGUGUAAGCUCUGCUGUCUCGCGCUGCCUGGGGGCUGGGGCACAGGCGCACCGACAGAGGAGUUUGGGAAUGGACUCAAUGCUCUGCACCUGGCGGCUAAAGAAGGCCAUGUGGGACUGGUACAAGAAUUAUUGGAAAGAGGGUCGGCUGUGGAUUCUGCCACUAAGAAAGGGAAUACAGCCCUGCACAUUGCAUCCUUAGCAGGACAAGCUGAAGUUGUCAAGGUUCUGGUUAAGGAAGGAGCCAAUAUUAAUGCACAAUCUCAGAAUGGCUUUACUCCUUUAUAUAUGGCAGCUCAAGAGAACCACAUUGAAGUGGUGAAAUAUCUCCUGGAGAAUGGAGCCAACCAAAGCACAGCUACCGAGGACGGUUUCACUCCUCUAGCUGUUGCACUGCAACAAGGACACAACCAGGCGGUGGCCAUCCUCCUGGAAAAUGACACCAAGGGAAAAGUGAGAUUACCGGCUCUGCAUAUCGCCGCUAGAAAAGACGACACCAAAUCGGCGGCGCUCUUGCUGCAGAACGACCACAAUGCCGACGUGCAGUCCAAGAGUGGCUUUACACCUUUGCACAUAGCCGCGCACUAUGGAAAUGUCAAUGUGGCAACGCUUCUGCUAAACCGAGGAGCUGCAGUCGAUUUCACGGCAAGGAAUGGAAUCACCCCACUGCAUGUGGCUUCCAAAAGGGGAAACACAAACAUGGUGAAGCUCUUGUUGGAUCGCGGAGGGCAGAUCGAUGCCAAAACCAGGGAUGGUCUCACCCCACUCCACUGCGCUGCAAGAAGUGGACAUGACCAAGUUGUGGAGCUGCUCCUGGAACGAGGUGCCCCGCUGCUUGCACGGACCAAGAAUGGACUCUCUCCACUUCACAUGGCGGCCCAGGGGGACCACGUGGAAUGCGUCAAACACCUUCUGCAGCACAAAGCUCCCGUGGAUGACGUCACGCUGGAUUACCUGACCGCCCUCCACGUGGCCGCUCACUGCGGCCACUAUCGUGUCACCAAACUCCUUCUGGACAAGAGAGCAAAUCCCAAUGCUCGUGCCCUGAAUGGUUUUACUCCACUGCACAUUGCCUGCAAGAAAAAUCGCAUCAAAGUCAUGGAACUCCUGGUGAAAUAUGGGGCUUCAAUCCAGGCUAUAACAGAGUCGGGCCUCACACCAAUACACGUGGCUGCAUUUAUGGGCCACUUGAACAUAGUCCUCCUCCUGCUGCAGAACGGAGCCUCUCCCGAUGUCACUAACAUUCGUGGAGAAACUGCAUUGCACAUGGCGGCACGUGCUGGGCAGGUGGAAGUCGUUCGCUGCCUCCUGAGAAACGGGGCCCUGGUUGAUGCCCGAGCCAGGGAAGAACAGACUCCAUUGCACAUUGCUUCUCGCUUGGGUAAAACGGAGAUCGUCCAACUUCUGCUACAGCACAUGGCCCACCCUGAUGCCGCAACAACUAAUGGGUACACUCCACUGCACAUCUCCGCCAGAGAGGGACAAGUUGAUGUCGCAUCAGUUCUCUUAGAGGCAGGUGCCUCGCACUCCAUGUCCACCAAAAAGGGAUUCACCCCUUUGCAUGUGGCGGCCAAAUACGGGAGCCUGGAAGUGGCAAAACUCCUGCUGCAGCGUCGUGCCUCUCCCGAUUCGGCUGGCAAG